AUGUCUCUGCCAGAAAGACCCAAGCGGACAUUCUCCUCCCGAACUGUGCCCAGAGACGUGGCUUAUCGGCCACAUGAGGGCAAGUUUGGCAUCAUCACGGGCGGUUCCAGAGGCAUUGGAGCGGCUAUAGCCCGAAACCUCGCGUCCAAGGGAUGCUCGUUGCUUCUAGUCUACACAUCCGACUCUUCGACCGAACCGACCAAUGCCUUCUGCUCGGAACUGGCGAGUGAAUAUGGCAUUCUCUGUGUACCGGUGCAAGCCGACCUAUCCGACCCUACACGGAGUGCGCCUCUCAUCCUAGCCACGGCAAAGAAUCACUUCUCGCAUCCAAGGACAGGGGCGUUUCAAAUAGACAUCAUCAUCAACAAUGCAGGGAUCGCAGGCAACAAAUUGCUUAAUGAUCCGGAGCUGGGACCGAUCGAGGAGACACAAUUCCACAAACAAUACAACGUCAAUGUGUUGGCGCCGUUGUUGCUCGUCCAAGCCUGUCAACCCUACCUACCAACUGACCGGUCGGGCCGGAUCGUCAACGUGUCAAGUGUGUCGGCAUCCAUCGGUUGCGAAUCUCAAUCGAUAUAUGCAGGGACCAAGGCGGCUGUCGAAGCCAUGACACGAGUCUGGGCACGAGAACUCGCCGAGAACUGUACCGUCAACGCCGUGAACCCCGGACCGGUCUGGGGAGACAUGUACAGCCAGGCAGGGGAGAAGUUUUGGAAAGUCAACCAGAAGUACGUCGACAGUGCUCCGCUGAUGAAUUACGCCGGGGACGACGAGGUCAGGGCUCGUUCAGGGAUCGACCCGAAGGAGUACGACAAUAUCGUUAUCAACGGAAUGGGCGGAAAGAGACCAGCCUUCACAGACGAGAUUGCAGGUGUCGUUGGCAUGCUUUGCUCAGAGGAAAGCGGAUGGACGACAGGAAGUGUGAUCUGUGCCAACGGCGGUAUGAAGAUGUCGAUAGCAUAG